AUGAAGUACUCUCUUGUCGCAGCUCUUCUUGUUCAGAGCACCGUUGUGCUUGCUCAUCUCCUACCUGUCCACCUGAAAGCACCAACCGCGGCGCAUUUCCUUGAAAUUGUCCGCAACGACACCUACGAUCUUGGAUGUCGAGCAAUCGCGCAUCCUACUGAGGAUGGCCACUUCAAGUUGCAUGCCCUUCUUACCGAGGAACAAAUUGCUCACCUCGAAAACGAGUACAAGGCUGUACCAGAGAUCUCGCUGCACAGAGCAGACUUGACCAAACGAGCAGCAACAGCACCCAUCGGAACCGGGGACCGCUUCAAGGCCGGCACCGUUACCCCUGUUGGCCUUGGAACUCAGGCUGCGGGCUCGACAAUCAGCAGUUUGAUGAACGUCGCUGAGAUCACAUCUGCCGUUCAAGCACUCGCAAAGAAUGCCGGUGUCACUACUAUUACACUGCCGAAUAGGACCUUUAACGGCGCAACCCAAAUCGCCGCAUACGUUGGCGCUGGCACAGACAAGUCAAAAUACCACCUCUAUCUCAGCGCAGGCGUGCACGCCCGUGAACGGGGAGGUCCAGAUCAACUCAUCUACUGGAUAUCUGACCUUCUCGCUGCCAAAAAGUCGGGUGGCGGCCUGACAUACGGAAGGAAGACGUACACCAACGCGCAAGUCAACAGCGUGCUGAACGCAGGAAUUGUCUUCUUCCCACUCGUGAACCCGGAUGGCGUAGCAUACGAUCAAUCCAGCGGUUCCCUAUGGCGCAAGAACAGAAACACCCGCUCCGGCAGCAGCGGCACUUCCAUCGGCGUAGACAUCAAUCGAAACUUCGACUUUCUCUGGAACUUCAGGAAAUACUUCGACGCGUCUGAGUCACCAGCAUCUACAUCGCCUAGCUCCGAGACGUUCUACGGCACAGCCGCUGCCUCGGAGCCAGAGACUAAGAACCACGUCUCGGUUUACGACUCCUUCCCCAAGAUCCGCUGGUUCAUGGACAUCCAUUCCGCAGCUGGGGAUUUGCUGUACAGUUGGGGUGACGACGACGACCAGAGCACCAGCACUGCGAUGAACUUCCUCAACGCAGCAUACGACGGGAAGCGCGGCGUUGUCAACGACCAGGUGUACAGGGAGUACAUUCCCUCCGCCGACGCGGCGAACGUCAAGAACGUAGCUGGCAAGACCGUUGCAGCGAUGAAAGCAGUGGGCGGCCGAUCCUACAAUGCUAUGCAAGCCGUAGGCCUGUACCCUACCUCCGGUGCAACCGACGACUAUGCAUUCAGCAGGUUCUGGGCGAAGAGCGGAGUCAAUAAAGUAUACGGUUUCACCAUGGAGUUUGGAUACUCGACUAACUUCUACCCCACCUUAACGGAGUUCAACCAGAAUAUCCUGGACACGAAUGCCGGAUUCAUGGACUGGGCGUUGGCUGCUAUUAGCGUUGGGCUCGAGUAG